AUGCACAACCGAGCUGAAAACGAGCCGGCCCGCUUGGGCAAUUUGUUGCAGUCGGAGCGGGACGACGCAUUGCAGCUGCGAGAUGCAGUGCAACUGCUGACCGAUGCGGCGGGCUACAUACCAGCGCUGGUACAAUCCACGCUCUUGCAGGCUUACGGCGGCGCGCCGCUGGCCGCAGAAGCGUGUGCGCUAGCGGAACUCGCACGCGACAGUGGCGCGGAAGUCGUGCGCGAGCACCCGGCCACCAUCCUUCGGCGGCCGACGAGGGCGCCCCACACAGCGCCGCCGGCAGCGCAGCCCGCGCGGUCGGACUUGAAGACGGCCUCGCUGCCACCGCGCUUGAUAGCGGUGGCGAUGGCGAUGCUGCACUGGCCGCGGCCGCAGCCCGGGCUGCAGCAACAUCAAGCCGCGGGCGGGCAGGACAGCGCGGUGGGCGCGGACGCGGGCGGUGCCAGACGGCCGCUCCGGCGCAAAAUGGUCCGUGCAGUGCUGCCCCGCGAGCUGAUCGGCCUGACGCGCCGGCAAGCGCCGCAGCUGAGGACCGCGCGCGUGGCACGCAGUCCGAACGCC